ACUGCUGUCUUCUCUUUGAUCUCACAAUCUGAUUUCUUUCCGUUUAUUCUUUUAAUGAGGAAUCCAGGAUUGUUCUAGAACGUGCAGGUAUUAUACAGUAGCAGUAUAUUAAAAUGAAAAAAUUAUAGUAAUUGUGGCUAAAUUGCAUGCAUGUGUAAAGAAGCGUAUAAGAAACGGCCCUAGCGCGCGCUCGGAGCCCCUCCCGGUAAAGGGGGGUGGGGGUGCUGGAUUACUCACCGGAUUACCGGAGUGUCUGUCUAACAGGCCCAGCGGAAGGGGGGAAAGUUUUGUUCGUGCGCUCGGCUAUCUGUUACAAAGCACCUGAAAUGCGAUCCACAGGAGCGCUCGUGCUCCUCUCCGUCUGCGCGUUAACCGCGUACUACAUCUACUCACCCGUCCCGGAUAAUAUAGAGCAGAGAUGGAAGCUCAUGGUUACCGACUGCUUCUUCAGGAGUUUGAGUCACUUGGCAGACUUCACCGAGCUGCUGGGUCUGGCAGACUACAUGGACGUAAUGAUGUUUAUUACCUUACUAGAAAAAGUGGUACCCUUGUCCGAUGAGCGGGUGAAGGUGGUGGAAGAGCGUUUUGAUGGUGUGGAGGUGGUGGUCUAUGAACCCAGGAAGAACAGAGGAACUGGUGAGAUGAGAAGAGCAAUUAUCUACCUGCAUGGUGGAGGAUGGUGUCUGGGCAGCUCUAAAAUGGGUCCAUAUGAUCUCCUGUCCAGGCAGAUGGUUACAGAACUAAAUGCAGUGGUCGUUUCAGUGGAGUAUCGUCUGGCCCCUCCUUACCAUUUCCCUGUUCCAUUUGAAGAUGUGUAUCGUGUAGUGAAGUACUUCCUUCAGUCUGCUGUUCUGGACAGGUACAAGGUGGAUCCGGAGCGUGUUGCAGUAUCAGGGGACAGCGCCGGAGGAAAUCUGGCAGCCGCCGUGACACAGCAGCUGCAGUUGGACCCAAACCUGCACGUAAAACUAAAAGCUCAGGCUUUAAUUUAUCCAGUCCUGCAAGCACUGGAUCUCAAAACUCCGUCAUACCAGCAGAACCAGCACAUGCCCAUCCUGCCACGCACCCUCAUGGUACGCUUUUGGAGUGAGUACUUCACCAGAGACAAAUCGUUCCUCACUGCCAUGUUGACCAAUAGCCAUAACAGUGCGGAAUCCUUUGCGCUGCUGAAAUUCGUCAACUGGAGCGUCUUCCUGCCUGAGCCGUACCGCCAGAUGUACAACUACAGUGCACUGUCAAUAUCAACAGACAAAACAUCUUCAUCGCUAGUGGACCCACGGGCCUCACCGUUACUCGUGCCUGACACUGUGUUGCGUCAGCUACCUAAAACUUACAUUCUGACGUGCGAAUAUGACGUACUGCGGGAUGAUGGCAUGAUGUAUGUAACUCGUUUGCGUCUGGCCGGUGUCGAUGUGACGCACGAACACUACGCAGAGGGGUUUCAUGGAACGUUAAUGUUCACGCUGUGGCCCACUGAGUUCGAAAUCGCUCACAGAAUGACGGACAAUUAUCUCCUGUGGCUCAAGAAAAAUUUGUAAAUGAUUAUUUUGUGACAGAACUGGUUUACAUAUACUUUAUCUCAGAAACUGUGUAAUUUUUUUCUUUAUUUUUUACAUUUUGUUUAAUGUGAUUUUCUGUUUUUAAAAUGCGACUGAAAGUCUGAUUUACAGUAAUAUUGUCAGGGUGUAAUAUUUUAUGACUCAUGACUAGUUCUGGCUGACUGAAAAAAAACAAGAAAUCUCAGUCUCUUGAUCAAUGUCAGGAUAAUAGUACGCCAGUUUUUUUUUUUUUUUCUUUCAAUUACUGUCAUCCUUAGAGGUUCUGGUAAUCUGCUUAGUGUUAUUUACCCUUUAGACUUUAGUUUGUCAAGCAGAAAGUCAAAUUAUCUAUCUCUAGUAAACCUGAUUUUUUUUUUAAUGUUAAAUCGUGAGGAUAAUUUGCAUGCACUUUCAAUUCCUAGAUUUGCCUUCCCAUAACUGCGUUCUUAAGUGCCUCAGAAAGUUUGUAUGCGGAUAAGCCAUAAUACGUACUAACAUAACCUCCAGGUGAAUUAUUUACCAGUAAACCAGCGAAAGGAUCGGGGGCACCAAAGGCUCACUUUCGCCCCAGGGGACCAAAUUCCAGCCUGUCUGGUCAGAUCCCACAGAAAAACCAAUGUAGCAGAAAUUCUAGAAAAAAGUCACAAAAGUUCUGGCCACAACAGAAAGGUAUCAGAACCUGUUACUGUACUUUUUAUGUAUAUCUUUACUAUAUUUGAGUAUUUUCUGUAUAUGAUUAUUUUAUUUCUAAACACUUUUUUUGUAUGAAAAAACCUGUACAUUUAUUAGCUACUAUUCAAUACAAAAUUGUUACUUUUUUGCUGGUAAACACACGAAAGUGCAUUGGUUUGAUUUUCUAAUUUAAACAUAAUAGUUUACACUGCUACUUAGACCAUAUUACGAAUGAGCUACAUCCUAAGUGGGAGGAACAGGAAGAAAACAAUCUAAGCAAUCCAAAUUUACAGCAAAGUUAUUAUGAAAUUUCAUUUUUAUUAGCGCACCAAAGUGAUUGUUUCCAGGGCAACAGGUCCUCUCCUACUUGUUCUGUGGAUUCUUCUGGCUCUUUUAUCAAGUGCAUUUUCAAGGUAAGAGUAGAAGUGAUCUAGACAGCUACUGUAGCUAUCAUACUGAGAAAAAGAGUUGUGAAUUCUUACUCAUUUGAUUUGUGAUUUAUGACUAUAACAAUGGCUUAUUUUAUAACAAGCUUACAAUGGAUCGGCGCAUCCUUCACAUAUAAUUACAGUAAUCUGUAUGCAUUUUACAUUUACAUUUACAUUUAGGCAUUUGGCAGAUGCUCUUAUCCAGAACAACUUACAAAAAGUAUGCUUGCAGUAUUCCCAUGUUUAAUUGUGUAGACUACUUGUAUUACACAGGGUAGCAAUAAAAAUAGCUGGCUGAGCUAACGGAAUAAGGAAA